GGGCGGAGGGGGCGGUGCAGCUGGCUUUUUGUAUGCCACAGGCAAGACACAACCGGAAGUUAGCAAAAGGAAACCUCUCGAAGGGGACUUCAAUUCCUUUUUGUGAGCGCCGACUAAAAGAUUUGUAAUCAUGGUGAAGAUUUUCGUGGGAAAUCUGCCCAGAGCGACAAACGAGGAUGAGAUCAAGGCACUCUUUACCGAGUAUGGCACUGUGACAGAAUGUGCCAUCAUCAAAAACUUUGCCUUCGUCCACAUGGACGACCGCAAGGCUGCCACCAAAGCCAUCAAGAAUCUGCACCUCUACAAGCUGCAUGGCACGCCAAUCAACGUGGAGGCCAGUCACGGAAAGAACCAGGGCUCAGUCAAACUGCAUGUAGCAAAUGUAGAGAAAGGAUCUGAUGAUGAGCUGCGUGCUUUGUUCGAGGAGUACGGCACGGUCACAGAGUGUGCUGUUGUUAAGAAUUUUGCUUUUGUACACAUGUCCAACUCUGACGAGGCCAUGGAUGCCAUCAAGGGACUGGACAACACAGAAUUUCAAGGCAAACGCAUCCAUGUCCAGAUUUCCAAGAGUCGUCCCAGACAUGAAGAACGGGAUGAUUACCCUCCUCCCCCAGACAGGGGUGGCUAUUGGCCCCCACGCUAUCCAGGAGAGUGGCCCGAGCCUCCUCCACCUGGCUACAUGAGGGGUCGUCUUAGCCACAUACCCCCAGGUUACCCUGCCCCUCCUCUGCCUCCCCCUCCCCCUAGACGAGCAGUUUAUCCAGAUCGCCCUUACGAUGCUGAGAGGGACAGAUAUGGCGUGGUAGAUUACUAUGAGAAGUAUCGAGCCCGUCCGUAUGGCAUGGCCACCUACGACGACCAGCGUCCCGGCGUGCCUCCUCCUCCCCCUCCCCCGUCAGCCGUCGUCCGAGACCGUCUUCCGAACUCGUCGCUCGACCCAUAUGAGCGUCGGCCCCUUCCUCCACCUCCUCCGUCCUCAUACUACGCCCGAGAUCGAAGUCCGCUUAGGAGACCGCCUACCACACCAGCCCCUGCCAGUAACGGCUACUCCUAUGAUCGCUCUGCAUACGGAGUUCCACGUGCAAGGGACCCCUACGCAGAUCGGCUGCCUCCGCCACCGCCUGCACGCUACGCUUAUUAAGCAAGGGCGGCGCAUUUUGAAGGAUUGUCGUCCGACUGCGUCGCCGCUCGGCGCCUCCUGAUGCACGUGACUCUAUCCUCUCCCUGUCAGUGGCUGAGCGCGUAACGUUCCCCUGCGAUGCUGACAGGAGGAACCGAAUAGCCGACGUCCACGUCUCUUUCUGUUUUUAUUACUUUGAGGCAAUUUUUACACUCGUAUUUUUCCUCCUGGUUGUUUUAAUAUGUAAUUGUGCUGUAGUACUUUUACUGCUUGCCGUCUGGAGUAGGUGUUUAUUUUUUAUUUUAUUUUUUUUGUACUUUUUCGUUUGAGUAAUACUGAUGUUGUUUGUGACCUUAGAGAAGCUGAAUGAGUUCAGCAACAGUUUCUAGGCGAUACUUGUGACUGUAGAUUUAACUGAACUUAACUUUGUUUGGUAUAAAAUCUAAUCUGCACGUUGACUCCAUCAUGUAAAACUUUUACACCGCACAACAAACCGCUGUGAAAAACUUAAACUGCUCAAAUGUAGGAGUUCGAUGCAUGCAGGAAGUAACUGUUAACUUACAGAAAAUAAAUGUCAAUCGGAAGCCUCCUCAGAGCGUUUAUAUGUGCAUUGUCAAACACUUCUAAUUAACCUGAUUCAAAUAUUGUUGUAGGGUCACCGGAAAUAUCAUUAUUUUAAAAGUUAUCCGUUUGUUAGCGAUGAAAUACCGUGAGACAAGCUUGUUAAAAUCGUCACGCUGAUUAAAAAAAACACGCCCAAACUUUC